AUGGCAGAUAAUUAUUUCGUCUGCACGCUCGGCCAGGCCGCAAAUUUUCCCAAGACGAAGGCCCGUAGCAUAGCUGAUUUUCUUGAGUUGCAGGCAGAAAAAUAUGGUCAAAGAUCAGCCGUUGGCUUUCCUAGCUUGACUGAAAACUCGGCAUCUCUGCUUACGUUUCACGAGCUGAAUGACCAGACUAAACAAGCCGCCAGAGGGCUAGUGAGGAAGAUACCAAAGCUGAAGGAGUCUCUUGGUCAAGGGCGUACAACUGCUCUACUUGCUCAUAGUCAUGUCGUGUUUCUGAAGAGCUGGCUUGGACUGAUCAGAUUAGGUUUCUCUGUGCUUUUACUUGCACCUCAACUCGAUAAAGCUUCUAUUCAGCACCUCUGUCGCGAACGUGACGUGGAAUAUCUAUUCCACGACGCCUACCAUGCCCAAAGGGCCGCAGAGGUCGACGGACUCAUCCUAGUCCAUCUUGGACCGCACGACCUUCUCCAUGGAGCCAAAGAGAAUCCAGAAGUGGAAAUGCAAAUUGGUCCGCAUGGUAAGGUUUGCUCUAUACCAUACCUCCACCAUUCGUCUGGGACGAGCUCUGGCAAACCAAAAGCAAUAGCUCAGACGAAUGCCGCAGCCUUCGCAGCGUUGCCAUUGAUAGACACAUCACCUGGCGUUGCAACGUUUUCGUCUACACCCUUAUAUCAUGGAGGCGUUGCCGACUGCUUCCGAGCAUGGACAAGUGGUCAAAUGAUCUGGCUCUUUCCAGGCGGAGAGAAACCCAUCACUGCUCAGACGGUUCUUGUAUGCCUCUCAUUAGCCGGCGAGGCCGCCUCAAACGGGUCAGCAGACACUGUCAAAUAUUUCUCUUCGGUGCCCUAUGUGCUCAGAGAUCUUGCUGCAGAUGAGAAGGGAAUAGAGACUCUUCGACGAAUGGACAUUGUGGGCGUUGGAGGUGCCGCCUUUCCAACCACCUUAGGGCAGAAGCUUGUUAGCGAAGGGGUCCGUUUGGUGUCUCGCUAUGGGAGCGCUGAGUGCGGAUUUUUGCUCUCAUCGUAUCGGGAUUUCGAGAAGGACGAAGACUGGGACUAUCUGCGCUCUGACACCGGAGCAGAACGUUUGUCCUUUGAGCCACAGGACAACGGUCUCGUGGAAUUAGUUGUCAAGGCCGGUUGGCCGCACAUGGCAAAGACCAACCGAGCAGAUAGUUCAUAUGCAACAGCCGAUCUACUCGAGAAACAUCCUACUAAACUCAAUGCAUGGCGUUAUCAUAGCCGAGCAGAUGCGCAGAUCAACUUAAUCAAUGGCAAGAAGUUUGACCCAGAGCCUCUUGAGUCAGCAAUUGUCUCGAAAUGCGAGUCGCAUCUCAUACUGGAUGUCCUUAUUUUCGGUGAAGGUGAAAAUUAUCCCGGGGCAUUGAUCUUCGUGCGAAAGUGCGCAGAUCAGAAUCCGGAAAACAUUCUAGACCAACUCUGGCCAACCAUAGAAGAGGUCAAUCACCAUAAUCCAAGCCAUGCCCGCUUGUCAAAGGGCAUGAUAAAAUUGAUAUUUCACGAGAGUGAAACCGUACCAGCACUCGAGAAGAGUAGCAAAGGCACCAUACUAAGAGGCAAAGCUCAUCAGCGAUAUCAUGGUCAAAUACGCCAGGUAUACGACGGGCAGGCAACUGAUCCAGAUUUAGGGUACUCAAUACACAAAAAAUCUGAUCUGGUAGCAGCCAUCGCUCGCCUUGUUGAAAGAACAACCAAUAGAAGUCUGGCCCAUGAUGAAGAUUUCUUCGAGCAUGGUAUCGACUCUGUCGCUUGCAUACAGAUCCGGCAAGCUAUCCAGAACAUGCUCACAGGCUCACAGCAACGAGUUAAGGAUAAGCCGCAGCAAGCCCGUAGCGGAGGGGUUGGAAACACCAAAUCAGACCUAUUCGGGACCUCAUUUUGGUCUCAACAUGCUGGCGAGCUCCCUAGCAACCUUUUGUACGAUUGUGGAACGAUAGAGGCGGUAGCUUCAUUUCUGCUAGGAGAAGAAGUCUCAAUAGAAGACAAUGAUUUCGUUCUGAUGAAAGAACUCGUCCAAAAGUACAGCAAGUUGGAUGUUCCACAAGUUAUAGCUGACACCUCUUCCAGCACAACAGGUAAUGGACUUGUGAUACUCCUCACCGGUGCUACUGGUUCCCUCGGCACACAUCUGCUCGAUGUCCUUCGAUGCCGCCCUGAUGUCGAGCGCAUCUACUGCCUUCUUAGAGCUUCAGAUCCAUCUGUGGCAUAUGAGAGAGUAGACAAGGCUCUCAAGUCGAAGGCAAAGGAAGGUUUACAGCCGGUUGGCACUAUCGACAAGAAGAUAAUCUGCAUCCCCUGCAAUCUUGCUAGACCGGACCUUGGAAUGGAUGAAGACAUUUUGCGAUCGAUCCGAUCAUCAGUGGACAUGAUCAUUCAUGCGGCAUGGGCGGUCAACUUCACCCUGAGACUGAAAAGCUUCGAGUUCCAUCUAGCUGGCGUGCAAAACUUGCUGAGUCUUGGAUCUGCUGCCGCUCCAUCGACCCGCGCAUCUUCAUCAGACAGAGGACAUCAGAAGAGACGGAUCAAGUUUUUGUUUUGCUCAUCAAUCGCUUCUAUCUCAUCUUCGAGCAGUGUAUCUGUUGCUGAGAAGGUUUCUCGAGAACCGCAGGAUGCCUCCCCCAUGGGCUACUCUCGUUCCAAAUGGGUUGCUGAAGCUGUUUGUGUGAAUGCUCACAAGGCUGCACAAGCAGCUGGCAUUCCGCUUGACGUAGAGAUACUCAGAAUUGGACAGCUUUGUGGAGAUACCAAACAUGGGAUCUGGAACAAGACAGAAGCAUGGCCGCUACUGCUGAGUACUUUUGACCUUAUUGGCUGUCUGCCGGAUCUACCAGAUGAGCAGCUGAACUGGCUUCCACUGAACAUUGCUGCAAAUGUCAUAUGUGAAAUAGCCUAUAGUGGCCGCCCAGUGGAAGACUCGCCAAGAGAUCCACCAGUCUACCAUAUUCUCAACCCGCAUUCAGAUCCUUCUUGGACGGAAAUGCUUCAAUGGUUGCAGCAAGUUGAAGAUGGUCGUCUGCACAUUGUUGAGCCUGCCGCAUGGCUGAGAUCACUGAAAAAAUGCCUAAUAGCGGGAUAUCAAGGUCAUCCAAGUUGUAAGCUGUUGGGUCUCUGGAAAGAUGCCUAUCAAUCUAAAGGAAAGAAUGCAGAUCUGAAGCACCACUUUGAGAUCAAGAGGGCUGCGAACGCUUCCGAUACGAUGAGCAGUGUUGGACCGAUAUCAGAAGUACUGGUAGGGAAGAUGUGGACUUGGACAAGGAAAAGCAUACGAGCAGAAACCAGUGGAGAAGUUGAUUCGUAG